AGAAAGUAAGGAUAGGGAUCCAGUAGAGACAAUUGUACAUGAAGCCGGAAGGGACCGAUAAGAUAGAGAAAAUAAAUUCCAAAGUAGUGGUGACGUGUAAACAUCAGAGCGGGAGUGAUCAGAAAAAGAAUUGAAUCACCGUUAAAAAAGAUGGGCAGAGAAAGUCUGACAAACAAACAAGAGAUUCAGAUAUUUGAGAGCGAGGAAAGCUCAUGGAGCAACGUUUUCAACUCUUCCUUCCACGCAACUUUCACGCUCUUCUUCUUCUAUAUAAUUUUUCGAUGUUUCCUUCCCGAAUCUUCACACCCAUCUCGCUCCAUUUCCGUGGCUGAAGCUGUGAUCUAUGGGGUCACUUCAUGGAAACGCUCCGAACCCAAUUUUUGAAAGGGCGAUGGGUGUUUGUUUUAAGGAUAAUCUGUCGACUACACUGAUUGGGCCUCUUCAAGUGCAAUUUGUGGGGAAAAAUCCCAGUUCAAACUGGGCGCGAUGUUCAAAAUUACCGUGUUCAUCUAUGCGAAAAGAUACUUCUGUGUCAGAAUCAAAGCCCAAUGCUCCGGGUCCUCUAUCGGUAUCCAUGGAGGAGGAAUUGGAACAUGUCAUCAGAUUCAAGAUGUCUGAUUUCAAGAUUCUCGAUUGUGUCAGCACUGGCCUUGGAGGUCGGGCGGAUGAAAUAGUUUUUGAAGCACUUGUGAAGAAUCGCCUUAGCCCUUUAUACAACACAAAGGUCGUGCUUCGAAGGCUUAAGACUACCCAGGCUCAGCGUAGAGGAAAAAGAGCUAUAGAAGUUUGUCUCUUAUCCAUAUUUUCUUGUAAAAAGACUUACAAACGAAUAAUAAGAUAUUAUGGUUCCGUUCAUGUGAAAUUUUUGGAUGGUAAUGUUAAUGCAGAUUUAUGCUUUCAAUUGUAGCAUCAUGGUAGUUUUUCUUUAAGGCAUUGGCUUCAACAGUCAGAUUGGCUUCCAACACUGGAAGCUACUCUUGCACUGGAUGAAGAGUCUGUCAGAAAGGUUGGUGAUACUACCACUGGAGGACCUGCAGUUUCACGCCACUCACGGCUCAUACGAGUAUUGAUGAGGGAUCUCUUGAUUGGAGUUAAUUACUUGCACAGCCAUGGGCUUGCACAUACUGAAUUGAGGUUGGAAAAUGUUCACAUAAGCCCAGUUGAUAGACAUGUCAAAGUUGGAAUUUUGGGAAAUGCAGCCUACUUCCAUGAAAAUUCUGAGAAUGAUAACACUACCGAAAAUGACUUGGAUCGACGGCAGAUGAUGAUUGCAUUUGACAUGAGAUGUGUGGGGUUCAUGAUGGCAAAGAUGGUUUUUCAGGAACUCAUGGACCCAUUGAUAUUCACAAAGUUUAAAUUGUUUUUCUCAAAGGGCCACGAUCCUUCAUGCUUGCGUGAAUAUUUGUUACGAGUCCUCGACCAUAGACUAUCAUCUGGAAAUGUCGGAUUUCAAAUACUUGAUAGAAAUUGGGGCGCAGGAUGGAACCUUCUGUCCUUGUUACUUGCAAACAAACCUUCUAAAAGAAUAAGCUGCUUAGAGGCUCUCAGGCAUCCAUUCCUGUGUGGACCAAGAUGGCGGAUAGCUCCAUCAAUGGAAAUUAUUAGAUGGGGCCUUGGUUCAACUGCAGUCCGAAUUACGGAGGAAUAUAUUUACAGCCUACCUCAGCGAAGAAAGCUUUCCCACUUCAUUGAGUUGAUGGAGAUGCUGACUCCUCAUUCAAAACCAAAGCAUUGGCAGGAGUUAAUCCCAGGAAAGUGGCGUUUCUUAUAUUCAACUGGGAGGCACAUCGGGCUCACCCUUCGUCAACCUCCCGCUAGAGUUCUUAUCGGAGAUGUGUGCUUGACAGUUGCUAGAGACUCUAAGCUAAACAAUCGCCUUUCAUUGACCUCAGACAUUAACUUCACAGUCAUGAGAGGUCGCAACUGGUCCCACAAUAAAAUCGGCAUCAACGGUAAACUGGUAAUUAACUCUUCCUCCAGAAUACAAGCUGGAAGAAGACUGUACCUGAAGGAAGAAAACACUGUUGCCCUUGGUCAGCCUUCUUUUGGUGAAUCCAAUGCAGAGCAUGUGCUGGCUCAGAAGUUGUCCAGUACGAGAUGGAGGAAGGUGAUUCCUUUUGAGGAGCUUCCAUCCAGCCUCCCAGCAGUGAAGCUCAUUUCAGGCGACAUUGAUUUGACAAUGAGUCUCGACAUUCCGCUGAGCGAAGACAUAGAUGCUGCAAGAAAUGUAAUUCGGGAAGUCCGGACACAAGUUCCACCGGCAUUGUUCGAUUUGUCGAAGUUUAUCUGUGGGACAUAUGUGGACUCCAGACUCCUGAUUCUUCGAUCUGUAGAUGGAUCUGCACUUUUAUUUACUAGAUCUUGCCUGCAUGAAAGCCAUAACAAAUGACGAUUGUUUUUUAGACUCAAAUUUUGUAACCAAAUUCAUUGUAAAGAUCCAUCCUAAAUUUAUAUCUAGUGGUUGGUAAACAAGCAAA